GCGAUGAAGCAGGUGACUUCCACCUCGGGUUCUUUCCUUGCUCCUCUAAGCCUUGUGAAUGGCAUCCAUUCAAGCGAGAAACCAGUAGGUCGCCACGGAAACGACUGUGCAAAGGGAGCCCGAGCCGACGAGGGACAGUGUGGUUUUCUGGACUCUGUUUUUCUGAUAAAGGAACCCUGAGGACCGAUCAACUCUUGCAGGUCUAAAACCAUGGCCCGGGGACCAAUAACAUUCAGGGAUGUGGUCAUAGAGUUCUUUCCACAUGAGUGGGAAUUUCUCGACUCACUUCAGAAGAAAUUGUAUCGCAAUGUGAUGAUGGAGAACUAUAGUAACUUGGUCUCACUGGGCCAUUCCAUUUCUAAGCCAAACAUAAUUGUGUUAUUGGAGGAAGGAAGAAACCCCUGGAUGGUUGUGAGAAAAGAAGCAAGAAGCUGGAAUACAGAUUUGGAUUCAAGUUAUAAAAUAAUCAGUGAUAGAAAAGUAUUUGUAUCUGGGAAACAUUCAUCUCUUUUUCUGCAUCAGAUCAUUCAUGGUGGUGAGAAACCCUAUGAAGAAUGUGGGAAGGCUUUUUGUUGUGCCUCAAACCUUGCUCAACAUGGAAGAGUUCAUACUGGAACAGACUGCCAGGACUCCAAGAUGGCGUCAGUUUUACUCCUGAAGAAAAAGAAACUCCUGGAUGUCAAAUUAAGGGAGCUGCCAAAUUGGAUACUAAUGCGAGAUUUCAUCCCUAAAGGCGUUGCUGGAGCAUUUCAAAGAGGUUAUUGCCAGUAUUACAACAAGUUAAACAUGAAGAAAGGGAGUGUCGCUGGGCUUUCUGUGGUGCUGGCAGCUUACAUCCUGAUCAACUGUUGCUGUUCUUACAAGGAACUUACUGUCUCUUGCGUUGUUUUGCCUUUGGUGGGGUUUCCUGUAACAGGGUGGUAUUGGUUCUCUGUCAAAUUAAGAAGUCCAUCAUUCUACCGACAGCUGAAGAAUUGAAAGGACUUAUCAGAAUAUAGCCCAUAAGUGAGAAAACUGUGGCAAAGACAGGAAAAUGAGAUGAGGCUGGGGUAAAGGUAAUACUUAGGCAGCUUUCUCUAAGUUACCGCAGGCAAAGGCUGGUAGAAAACUUGGCUUUAUCUUCCUAGCUGCUGCUGCUGCUAAGUCACUUCAGUCGUGUUCGACUCUGUGCGACCCCAUAGACGGCAGCCCACCAGGCUCCCCCGUCCCUGGGAUUCUCCAGGCAAGAACACUGGAGUGGGUUGCCAUUUCCUUCUCCAACGCAUGAAAGUGAAAAGUGAAAGUGAAGUCGCUCAGUCGUGUCUGACUCUUAGCGACCCCAUGGGCUGCAGCCUACCAGGCUCCUCCAUCCAUGGGAGUUUCCAGGCAAGAGUACUGGAGCGGGAUGCCAUUGCCUUCUCCGUAUCUUCCUAGCAGCCAUUGUGAAUAAGGAAAUAGGUUGAGUGCUACAAUCCAGUGUCUGUAGUCUCUGGAAAAGCAUGGCUGUUUCUGAGACUUGAGGGGAGUGUGUCUGAUAGGAGACACCUGGUCAGGACCUGUGUCAGUGGUGGUCACUGACUGGGUUUCAUGGACCGUUCCUGACUGCAUCCAGUCCUUGCCAGUCUGGCACCCAGAGAAAUGAAGGAUGGGCUCUUGGGUGCUGUUUUUCUGAGUGAGUGUUCCUUCAGGGAAGGAAGAGGCUCCCUAGGUGGCAGAUUAGCUCCUAAUUCCUCAAACAGGUUGUGGGUCAUCUCCUGAAAGGAAUUCUCAGGAUGGUUUCACGUGAUCUUAGCCUGCUGCCCUCCCUGUCAUCCUUUGCUUUCACCAUACUUUUGAAGAAAUUGACCAUUUUGCCUUUCUAACUUCAGAACAAGAGCAGCCAAGCGAGUACCACUGAAGGGGGCACAUUCUUCAUUCCUGACCAUCACCUUUGCCAGGCACCCCUGAAUCCUUUCAUAGCCUAAUGGAGAAUUAACACCCAAUUAAAGAUGACUGGUUAAAAAAAAAAAUCUCUCUUAGCAACUUUCAAAUCAAGUAAUAUGAAUUAUAAUCACCAUUCUGUAUAUUACAUCCCCAUGAGUUAUUUACUUUAUAAUUGGAAAUUUGUGGCUUUUGGCCUUCUUCACACGUUUCAGCCACUGCCUCUGGCAGUCAUUAGUUUCUUCUAAUGUUUCUUCUGUAUCUGUGACUUCCGUUCCAUCUUUUUGUCUUUGAUUUUUUUUUUCCCCAGAGUCCACAUAUAAAUGAGGUCAUACAGUAUUGGUAUAUGUCUUUCUCUGUCUGACUUCACUUAGCACAAUGCCCUCAUCCAUCCAUGUUGUCACAAAUGGCAGGAUUUCCUUCUUUUUAUUAUUGGAUAAUAUUCAAUUGUAUACAUGCCACAUUAAAAAAAAAUCUCUUGAUGAUGUCUUGUUUCCAUGUCUCUAAAAAAUGCUGCAUUGAACACUGGAGUGUAGAUAUAUUUUCAAAAUAGUGAUUUUGGUUCCUUUGGGUAAAUACCAAGAAGUGGAACUGUUGGGUUAGAUGGUAGUUUCUAGUUUUAAUUUUUUGAGAAAUCUCCAUACUGUUUUUCAUAAUAUCGGAACUAGUUGACAUUCUCUGCAGCAGUGUAUUGCUUCCCUGGUGGCUCUCAGAUGAUAAAGAAUCUGCCUGCAGUGCGGGAGACCCGGGUUCGAUCCCUGGGUUGGCAAGAUCCCCUGGAGAAGGGGAUGGCUACCCAGUCCAGUGUUCUUACCUGGACAAUCUCACGGACAAAGGAGCCUAGCGGGCUACAGUCCGUGGGGUUGCAAAGAGUCGGACACUACUGAGCAACUAACACACACAUACACCAGCAGUACAUAAGGGCUCCCUUUUCUCCACGUUCUUGCCAACAUAUGUUAUUUCUUGUUUUUUUUUUGGUAAUAACCAUUCUUACAGGUAUGAGGUGAUAUUUUAUUGUAAUUUUGAUUUGUAUCUCCCUGAUGGUUAGCGAUGUCGAGCAUCUUUUCCUGUACUUGUUGGCCAUUUGUUUGUCUGCUUUGGAAAAAUGUCUAUUCAGAGCCUCUCCUCAUUUUUAAAUUGGGUUGUUUGCUUUUCUGUUAAGUUGUAUAAGGGUUUUUUAAAAAAAUAUAUUGUAGAUUAUAAAUAAACUACAUUCUAAUAGAAAAUGAAAGUUUUUAAAAUAUACUGUGGAAAUUGUUUUAUUAUGAUACUUAGUGCCAAAGGCAGAAGAUAUUAUAUACUGGGUAGUAGGGCAUUAAAAUGUACAUCAAAAAAAAUAAAAUAAAAUGUACAUCCAAGAAUCCUUGUAACAAACAUUUUGAAAUGUUCAUACUGGUUUUAAUAUAAGAACUGUAUUAUGCAGGAUUUGAUUCUCCUUUAUGU